UGUAAGGAUAAAAAAAAACAGCAGCUGUGUUUUUGCAGUCACUUCUGCUUAUUUCUUGUUUUGUUUUGUUUUUUUGUUUUUUUUGCUUUUGGUAGAUUAGGCGAUAGUGCAAUAUUUAGUCUAAUAUUUCAGGCAUUUAGUUGGAGCUUUAAAACAGGAGAACCUACACCAACAAGCUGCUUCUGCGUUAUAACAAAAAGUCCUGCAGCGAUGGUGCUUUGACGCGUCUCCUCUCUGGACCAUGGAGGAUUUCUCAGGCCUGGCUUUGCCUCCUUUGUUUGGGGGACACAUCCUGGAGGCAGAGUUGGAGCCAGGCGAAGUUGAGCUGGGACCUGGAGAGGUUGAACUGGGCCCAGGGGACAAAGAGCUGCUGGAGAGUGCAGUGCAAGAAGAUGAAGAAAGGAGAGCUCUAGAUAAAAGGAAAUACCUCGCCCUGAGCCGACGAUGUAAAGAAAUCGAACAGGUAAAUCAGAAGAUUCUUGGGCGCCUUCAUCAAGUCCAAAGAAUAACACGCCGACUGAAGAAAGAAAGACGUUUCCUCAUGAAGACUCUUGAUGCUCAUGGAGACGACUAUAGAAAGGCCCAGCUCACCAUCCUGCUCGAGGAUGACUCUGGUCUAAAUCUAGACUCUAAUGCUCCUGCUCUUGAGGAGGACAAACUGAAUGGGGGGUCAGUUCAAAACAGCACUGGACAAAAGAAGAGGAGACACCGUGUCCCAAAGCAAGAAAAGGAUAAAGAACAACAGGCAGAAGCAGACGUGUCGGCAUUGGCCGAGGCCCAGUUUGGAGAUGCCUCCAGCCCUCCCUCUUUAUCACACUGCUCAUACAAUACUGACUGAGACAAAACUGACAUUAAUUAGAAAAUUGUAUUUUUUGUUUUGUUUAGUUUCUAUUUGUUGUUUGCAUUCACUAAUGUAUUAGAUGGAUUAUACAGAUUGACUUUAUUUGUGUAUAAAGAGUGUUUUAUAGUCAUUAAGUCAUGUUACGUUUUUAUACCAUAAUAAUGAACCAUUAACGCUCUGUAUGAACAAUUUUGUAAAGAAAGUAUUUCUCAUUUGAUUCUCAAAUAUAACUAGAAUUUUAUUUUUCACAAAUGUAAAAUGGAUGUGGACAGUUAUAUCUUUUUUUUAAAGGCAAUAAAUUGAGGUUUGUAUU